UAAACAAUUUUGGGAAAAAUCUAGACAAACAGUGAAAAUCCCCCAUACUCCCAUAUUACCCAAAACUAACAAAACAAAAAAAAACAUGCAAAAACUUUUGGAGGAAGAAAGGAGGGGCAAAAUUAAAAAUUAUCGAAAUAAUUAUAGCCAGAAAAAAAUAUUUAAAAAGUCUACAAAAUUCAAGUAAAAAAUUAUUAACUAAUCUAAUACCUUCAAACUAAAUCUGAUAAUUUAAUAAAAAUGCAUAUAAGAUUUAUUUUAGAGCAUUCCUAUGAAAUGGCCACAACCACUUAUUCUUAUGUGGAAUACUUAUUAUGGUGAAAAUUUUUUGAAAUAUUGGUCGAUAAACAAUUUAACUGAACAAUGCCCUUAUAAAUGUCAUUAUACUGAUGAUAGAAACUUAGAAAGAAAUGCAACAGUUUUGUUUUUCCACAUUCGGGACAAAGUUGAUCCUUUUCCCAAACAACGAUCACCAAAACAAUUAUACACAUUUUUUGUGAUUGAAUCUCCGCCUCACACUUGGGAUUGGGGAAGAUAUUUUCCUCGAAAUUUUUUUAAUAUUACAAUGACAUAUAGAUCUGAUAGUGAUGUUAAUGUGCCUUAUGAUAUGUUUGAAAGUUAUAAUUUAGAGGAUGUAAAAAAUGGAAGAAUAAAUUUAAAUGAAAUUUGGACUGAGAAGGAGAUGGAUAGUAAAAUUGACAAAAAAGAGAAGCUAACUUUACAAUUUGUUUCUAAUUGUAAAACAAAUUCAAAACGGGAAAAAUAUAUUGAAGAAUUGAAAAAAUAUACAGAAAUUACACAAAUGGGUGGGUGUGUUGGAAAAAAUGAUUGUGGGCGUGAAUGUGAGGAUAAAUUAAUUGAUUCCCAUUUCUUUUAUUUGGCCUUCGAAAAUUCUGUUUGUGAUGAAUAUUUGUCAGAAAAGUUUUGGAGAAUUAAGAGUUUGAUUGUCCCUGUAGUUUUGUCAAGAAAAAUUUUUAAGAACGAAACUAUUCCGAAAGACUCAUUUAUUGCAGCAGAUGAUUUUGCAACUCCAAAAGAAUUAAUCGAAUAUUUAAAGACUGUAGCAGCAGAUAAAAAAUUAUAUAAAAGGUAA